AACGGUAUUGCAUUGCUUCAAGCCUCCUACUGGAGAUUAUUUCCUGCCCCCUCCUUCGUAAGCAAAGAAGACUUUCAUGAUUUCAUAAGAGGAUACUUCUUCAGCAUUAGUAGUCAAGUUUAUUUGGAGGAAAGCGCAGUGAAGCUUGCUUUAAAAAAACACAUUGGAGUCAAGCAAGCAAAUAUGAAGGUCCUCCAAAAAGAUGAGCAAAUGACUGCUGAGACUGUUCUGCUGAAACACUUACCCAAGAGUUAUCAGGUCUAUGGACUCUUACAUGCUUGUAACAGAAACCCAACUUGCAUACAGUUCAUUGUUGAUACUUGGCCCGAUUUUAAGGUCAUUCUUUGUCGUCCUGACCCGCAAAACAAACAAGCCUCAGACUGGGGAAAAAAGUUAAUGUUCUACACCUCAGAUGAGAAGGUGUUGAGGAAAAUGUUAUUAGAAGAGGAUUUAAUCGACUGGAGCAAUUAUGUUAUUAUUGGAGGCUUUGAAAGUUCUCACACCUCCAUGGUCAAAGAGGUUUUCACACAGAGACGAGUCAACUACGAACUUCUGGCUUGUGCACAUCUUUUUUAUUUACCGGAUAGUAGCCAUCUGGUCACACCAGCUUUUGACAGUGAUAUUAAAUCAAGGAUUUCAUCCCUCGAUCUUUCUCAUGCUCAUCUGGUGAAUCAAACCUGGAAGUUUGGCGGGGGUGAAAUAGGCUACAAGAAAAUUGUAAGACAAAUCAGCAACUUCCCUUCUUAUUGCAUCACUGAUGACCAGGGUCAGCCUGUAUCGUGGCUGCUUUUGCACGAAUACAUGGCGAUGGGCAUGUUGUAUACUGCACCUGAGCACAGACGAAAAGGCUACGCCUCUGUCCUGCUCUACACUAUGGCCCAGAGACUCCUUGCUGAGGGCCACCCAGUGUUCUGCUAUGUAGAGGAAACCAACACAGUCCCAUUUAAGCUAGUUAAAAGCCUGGGUUUCAUCGAGGAUCCCUCUUACAGAGACAUAUGGGCUAAGUUUGACGCAUGAUUUUAACAAGCAACUUUCAUAUGAUCAGAUAAACAAAACUUGUGAUUUCACUUGCUUGUACGCAAUGAACCUGUGGCAUUUAUAUGAUUUAUUUCUGAUAAGCUGCUUCGUGAGAUGGGCUAACUCACCUGCUUGGCUAUUUGAUUUGAAAAGAAACAAUGACCUUACAUGACCUGCUUACCUGACUGCUUAAGUUACAAGUUAUACUUUUACUGUUUAACCACAGACAAUGUAAAAAAAAAAUCAAAGUAUUUCAGCUCUUCAUAUCAAGAAAUAUUGUAUCCUAUUGCCUGUAUGUAUGCAGAGUUUAUAACUGUUCUUGACCAAUGUUAAAAUACCUUAACUAUCUGUAUACAAAAACUGUAUAUAAAAUGUUUAACCAGCCUCUUGUGGCUCACUGAAUGUGAAUGACAACAUUAUUUCCUAUCCUGAUUUGCAUUUAUUGAGAAGACAGUGAUGUUCUUCCCAGCUGUUCUGUGUCAAGUAUAUUUUAAGGUCCCAUUUGUAUGCGCAGCAAUUUUCACGAGACUAUUCCAACAUUACUGUUCUUGAAAUCUGGUGCGGAAUUCUCCUUGUCCUUCCGUGGGUUUUCUCCAGAUAUUCUAACGACAAACAAAAAUAUAUCACCUUUCACUGGAUCUGAAAUCAAAACAACAAAUAUGAAUAUAAUGGUAAAUCAUCUUGUAUCAAUGACAUGUUACUAAAGCCCGUAACAGUUA